CCAACAGUUCAUUUGUUAUCAAAUUAUAUGUUGGGUUACUAUUGAUUUUGAUACAAUUCCUGUCCUAGAUCAUGCGAAUUUUAUGAUCUGACCGUUUGAAUUUCUCCAAGUAUCUUUAUUGAAGCAAUUGGUGUUGAUAUUUGAUAAAAUUAUUGACAGUUGGGAUUUUAUUUUUUGAAUUUGAAUUUAAAUAUGCAGAGUCCUAGAACCAAUAGACUAAAUAACAUUGAAGCUGCUAAUAAACUCAGACAUGGGUCGCCAAAGUUCCAGCAAGUAUUGCGACAGAGAUGCAGGAAACAAAUGCAAGAAAGACGUCAUAAAUUAUUCAACUCCAGAAGACUUGGUCUUGAAGAUGAUGAAUCUGUCAAAGAUUCUCUUACUGAAAUAGUCAGGCGGGAAUUUAGCAGCAUGUCAUCGAUGCUUGAUGACAGCUCUGAUUCACUCGCUGAAUUAAUGACAUGGCCAGAUAAUCAAGAUGAACUGAUGAGUAUGGAAGAAGAAAUGCUUAAAGAGGAAGAGCAAUGGAUUAUGGAAGAGUUCCAUCGUAUGCAUCAGUACGAAAUGGAUAUGAUGGAGACAUACUUGGAAGAAAUGAUGAAGAAUGAAAUAAUAUGUCCGAUUUGUGAAAAAGACAUUGUCACUGAGCACUCUGGUCACUUUGUUUGUCCAACUUGCCAGCUCUGUUUGCCAGCAAAAAUUACCAUGGAAAGUUUUUACAGCAGCAUUAAAAGUCAGGUGGCUAAUCAUGCCGUGAAUUGUAAUUUCAAAGCUAGUUUUAUGGUUUUUCCGGAAAAUAAGGAGCUCAGUCUGUUCUUGACCUGCGAAACUUGUUCAUAUUGGGGCCUUGUUUUGUAAAUAUUUAUUGUCUAUUUAAUUUAUUUAUUUUUUAUAUAAAAAAUUUUCAUGGUACCGAGUACUAAUUUAAUUUCUGUUACAAGUAUAGUUUGAUAAUAAUAUUAAAAUUGUAAAUAAUCAAUAAAUUUUGUCAUACUGCCAACUCUU